GGAGAGACUACUUUCCUCCGACUCCACCUCCGAUAAUGGCCGGUUUAAUUCGAUUCCUUUCCCAAGAUGGCCUCUUAUGGCGCGCCGAGUACCCUUCCAAUCUGGAUCAGCUUUGCAUCAGCGAGAUCUGGAGCGAUCCGGUUGACUCUUGGCGGGACGUUCACGAAAGAAGAAUUCGCAUCGAAAGGGAGAAAGAAUGGCUCCCAAACAUUUCACCAAAGGACGAAGAUGGGCGACACGUAGUUUCCAGGAUCAUCUGGGUGCCCUGCGAACUAGUGCCGCCUUCUGAGGGCUCGGCGGCGGCAACCAUUCUAUCUCAGCUUAUCCAUUCUGUUGACCUGGAAGCCGCUUACGCCGUUUCAAGGACAAUGUUCGCAGGAGUCACAAUCGUCCCACGUAAAGAUGCUGCGAUAUCAAACGUGCGGAGCUAUGCGCUCUCUUUCCAUCCGAAACUGGCCAUGAUCUGGAGCUUCGACAGCAAGACUGGUGUGACACAAGGGGUUUGCAUGGCGGAACCAUCGCAGAUGCCUAGCUUACAAGAUCUGUUCCGAACUUAUUCGAGCAUGGAAGGAUAUGGGAAGGUUCCCGUUGUCAUUUGCGCAAGCCUUCUGAGCUUGCAGAUCGACCUGACACAGUCGAAGCUCAAGAAUUCCGUCCGAGAAGUCGAACAACGGACUGGAUACCACCAGUGGGCAGGUCGGCACGAGCAACCAGCAUCUGGGGAUCUAUCAACACUGUCAGCGCGGAUGAGCGGCUGCGAGACAAGAGCAGCAUCGAUCACCAGAAAGAUCGAGGUUGUUCGAGUUUUGACUGAGUUUGCUCUGAAAACUAGUUGUCUCUCUAUCAACCAACGGUGCCCACCAGGGCUCAAAGAGAGUACGGUCCUCGAUGAUGGAGAAAAGAAGUCUUUCGAAGCGACAGUGGCUCUGUUGCAAGACAGGCUACGAAUGCAGAACAUCGACACCCAAUUCUUUUACCGACGCAUCCAAGUACAAAUUCAUGCCCUCUCUACAUUGAUGGCACGAGAAGAAGCACGCUCCAGCAUCCGGUUGACUUCAGAAGCCAAAGCUAUAUCGCAAGCGACCCGCGACGACUCCAUGGCUAUGAAAGCGCUCGCAAUUAUGACGAUAAUUUUCCUCCCCGGAACGGCCGUAGCUACCAUUUUCAGCAUGCCGAUGUUGAACUGGGAGACGUCCACUUCAGCUGUCAAGUCCGGGUUUAACCUGUACUGGGCGAUCACUGUUCCUUUGACGACGGUAACCGUGCUCUCCUUCGCUUUGUGGGUUGCUGUGGAACGCUUGCGCCGCAGUGAAAAUUCAAGCCAUCUAAAGUGGUGGUCUAAGUUAGAAAGAACUUAGAACGAGUUGUCCGGUUUUCCCCAUUCCUUUUCGUUUCGUUUACCUGAACUCAAUAGCGAGUUU